GGGCAGGCGAACAGCCUGGCUCCCUGUGGCCACUCGGGCCCAGGCUGGACGCGCCCCCUGCUCUGGGAAUGGGCGAGUUUCCUGCCAAUCAGCGACGGAGCAAGCGGGACUCGCCAAUAGCGAGCAGCGGCCGGGUCAGGCCUGUGGCCCUGUGGUCGGCGGUGGUCUGCGAGCCGGUCCAUGCUGAGAGCCGCCUCCCUCCGACCCACGCUGCGCUCUCGGCCCCUGCGGCCCCGCCCGCCGGCAGCGCCGAGUCAUGCCGGGCGCUGCUUAGCUGUAGUGCCCGGACCGCCACCCCCCGCUUGCCCGCCUGCCAGCCUGCCCGAAGCCUCGCCCACUGCCCAGAGCCAGAGGGAUGGUGGUAGUCACGGGGCGGGAGCCAGACAGCCGUCGCCCGGACUGUGCCAUGUCCAGCUACGACGCCGAGGACGACUUUCUGGAGCCGGCCACCCCGACGGCCACGCAGGCGGGGCACGCGCUGCCCCUGCUGCCCCAGGAGGCCUGGCUGAGAGUGCUGGUGGUUCCUUCCCAGUUCCCUGAGGUUGUCCCGCUGAACAUUGGAGGGGCACACUUCACCACACGCCUGUCUACCCUGCGGCGCUGCGAAGACACCAUGCUGGCAGCCAUGUUCAGUGGGCGGCAUUACAUACCCACCGAUGCUGAGGGCCGGUACUUCAUUGACCGGGAUGGCACGCACUUUGGAGAUGUGCUGAAUUUCCUGCGCUCAGGGGACCUGCCGCCCCGGGAGCGUGUGCAGGCUGUGUACAAAGAAGCCCAGUAUUAUGCCAUUGGGCCUCUCCUGGAGCAGCUGGAAAACAUGCAGCCACUGAAGGGGGAGAAAGUACGCCAGGCAUUUCUGGGACUUAUGCCCUAUUACAAAGACCAUUUGGAGCGGAUUGUGGAGAUUGCCCGGCUGCGUGCAGUGCAGCGGAAGGCCCGCUUUGCCAAGCUCAAGGUCUGUGUCUUCAAGGAGGAGAUGCCCAUCACCCCCUAUGAGUGUCCGCUUCUCAACUCCCUGCGCUUCGAGCGGAGCGAGAGCGAUGGGCAGCUCUUUGAGCACCACUGUGAAGUGGAUGUGUCGUUUGGACCCUGGGAGGCUGUGGCUGAUGUUUAUGACCUGCUGCACUGCCUGGUCACAGACCUCUCUGCUCAGGGCCUCGUCGUGGAUCACCAGUGCAUUGGGGUGUGUGACAAGCACCUCAUCAACCACUACUACUGCAAGCGCCCCAUCUAUGAGUUCAAGAUCACAUGGUGUGAUCUUACUAGCCAUGAACAUUAGGCACCUUCUUUCUCCCUUAGACGAGUAUCUUCUAAAACCUCAAUAGAGGGAAAAACUGAAAGUGGCAUUAAAGCAUUAGAAAAGUCAUAUAUCUGGGUUAUCUACUAGAUCAAAUAGCCACACUUCUGCACACCAUCUGAAAUGUGCCCACUAGUCUGACACACACACAUAGUAACAGUAAGUGCAGCCUUUGGAACAGGGCAGUUCUAUUCCUGCUAAGGACUUCUUCCCUCACACACUGGUUCUUUUUGAGGAGUGACAUGAUCUAGAGAUCCUGGGAGUCCACAUCUCCAGCCACCUGAUGCCAGGUGGCAAGAGGACUGUUUUGCACCAGGAAAAAAUCAACACAAAGCCAAAGACUUAGAAUUGAACCAUCGAGAAGCACUCCGUAAGAGGGACGCAGACCAGAUUAUGAAGCACGUUUUCCAGCCUUUGGUGAUCUCAGUAGCAACCUGAUUCACCUUUCAACAAAUCAUGACUUUUAAAGGAUUCUUCUAAUGUGUUACAGACUCUUACUUUUUACUUACAUCAUGGGAUCUUGGCAGGUGGCCCAGCUCCAAUAGAUCUUAGGAAUAGAUGUAUAGGUACUUCUCUCAGUUAUUUAAUCAAGACAGAAUCCCAAAGCCCCACAGAAUUUGGAGCUUGACCUCCAUUAAAAGAAGCUUUUAAGUUGAGAGUUUGGAGUUGAAGAAAUCUUUUUUGUAAGGAAUUGGAGAGUAUCAUGAAUAGGCUUAAGUCUCUGGAAUUGUAUCAACUUCUAUAAAUGCCUUUAUUAGUAUGUUUCUUAAAAUGAAACCCUAUCACCAGCUGCACCUCGGCUUCCUCUACCCUGUGGGACAGCCCCUUGUGUGGGUGCAUGUGGGUGCUUACUGCCCCUACUCUCACCAUGUCAUCUCCACCUCCUCCCGCUGCCCAUGACUGUUUUGUUUUUGGCAUGUUAAGGCUGGUCGGUCACUUCUGGCCAUGCCUCAUCUGGCAUCUGGUAGCCAGCCGCAGCUGUGCGCUUUGCCUAGCUACCCACUUCUUACCUUUAGGCAGGUAGCUGCUUUGUACACUGAGGUCCCUGCUUUCCAGUGCAGCUUUCUCAUCUGGCUUUCUAGGAUCUGAACAGCAUUUUUAGCCCCUCUAAGCUCUGUAUCCAUCUCCACAGUAGGAGUGGAGAAGGCACACAGGACCCACUGAGAAGACAAGUUAGCUUCACCCUCCCCUAUCCCAGGAAGGCAGAACUGAAAUACCUUAAUUGGAAACCAAGUUCACCAAAAGCUUCCUAACAAAACUAUGGACUUUCCUGGUGAGCUGACCACACAGAUCACUAUCAGCUGAAAUGAGGAUGGCAUUUUUCACUUGGUGCUCCCAGCAGUCAAAGCAAAAUGUAUCUGCCUCCAGAGAUUCAGUAAGUAUUCCACCAGUUGCCUAAUGUUAUUCUUCAAAAUGCUGCUCUAUUUGGAAACUCCCAUUGGUUCCAAGAGGCAGAACAUUGAAGAAUCCCCUCUGUAGUCACCUGCAGAAUAUAUUCCACCAUAUCCAUAGCUGGGCCUUGAGCCCAGAGGACUCCACUAGGGUGGGAUUUGUUACCUGAUUUUGAAGCCCUGUAAAUGGAAUGGCAAUCCUCACCCCUUUAUGCCAGCAGCACACCUGAGACAACCUGGAUUUGUGGAUUGAGAUCCAGGGGUAUCUGCACGGUAAUGGACAAGAAAGUGAUGUUUCUUAGGUGGAAGGCUUCCAGACUCAACUGUGCCCCAAAAUUUCUGGGGUUUAUAGUUAGUACUGGCCAUUCAUUCAUGACCCUCAACUUCCCCAUUUGACCAUUCUAUCUUUUUAAGAAGUGCUUCACCUAAUCUCUCUCCUAAGUACACAGGAGUACAAUAGCUGAAAACCUGUACAUCUUUUCUCCUAUCCUGGCCUUAUGCCACCAAUGCACACACUUUAGCACCUUGUUAGGGGCCACCCGGAAGCACAGCAUGGGCGGCCUCUGGCCCUCUGUCUCCAUAAUGCUGGUGAUGGCUGGCCAGCAACCUUCAUAGGUGUGAGAGUUGCAAUGCAAUCAACAGAUUCAGGAUCUAGGGGGACCAUUUGAAAAAAACAUCUUCAGGGGUGUCUGUCCACAGGAGCCCAGAGCAGUCUAAGUGAAACUGGGAGCUUGGUCCACACAAUGGGGGCAAGCCAUGUUUUUCAAACAUUUUGGCUUCAGAAGGUACUCCACUGAAUACACAAGACCACAAAAGGCCAGCAGAGGAAUUCCAGCUCUGAUAUAGCUGAGAGAUGCCCCUGCAAGCUGCAGGGAGGUACCCAUGUACAGUAGCAGCCAGCCAAGACUAGAGCUCCCAAAGUGGACAUAAAAAGAAACUACAUUCUCUUAAAAUAGCUGAUUGGUGUGCCAGGAGAAGAAAUUGCACUCGGAUGAUCUUGCUUCACCCUUUUGACAUCCCAUGUGCCUUUACAUCUCACCCAUUCAAAGUGGAAAAUAAUAUAUAGAGACUUGGGACCUUACAUCUAACAGUCAAUCUGUAUGGGUCUUGAGUGAUCCUGCCUGCAUUGCAUUUAGAGUCAUUUGUAUUAGGAGGAAAAAAACCAUAUGGUAAUUUGAACAAUUUAUAUCAUUAGUAUAAAUAAAAAGCUAUUAAAUAUAAUAGGAUCAGAGUAAUGGGUUGGCUAAUAGAAUAAAAAAAACAAAGAGUAUAGGAAUAGCAGAUACAACAAGCAGCCACUACUUUUAUGGCUGAGAUAGAGGGACAAAGGAGGAAUGUCCCAUCCCCCAAAGCUGAUAUGCAGACCUUUCGAGAGAGGGCAUGGCCAUGGCUCACUGCAUGGCAGAGAACUCACUGGAGUGCUGUGCUGGUGAACCUGCUGGAGAUCCACACUCUAGGGUGCUGGGGAAAAUAUGUUCAUGGGGAUGUGUAUUGCUAGAGAAAUUCUCCUACAAAACCACUCAAAGAGAGUGCUGCAGAAAGCUCCUGGCCUUUUUGUGCUCCUGACUACCAGGCACGGAGUAACUGGUGUGCUGUGAGUAAGCACACCAGAACCAGAAAAGAAAAUAUCUUCCCCCUUGUAAUGUCUCUCCAACAUCCUCAAAGCUCAAUGUCAUGCUAAUUGGCAAGGGGAAAACUACUGAAAAGUGCCAGCCCAGUUUUUGCAGAAGCAAUGAAGGAUGAGUAUGGAGCUAACAGGCAACCAAUAGCACAGAUCACCUAUGCUGAUGACUCCCAAAUUUAUAUCCCUGCCCAGCAGACAUCUUUCCUCAGCCUUGAAUUAUAUACCCAAUGACCUAUUAAAUAUUGCUACUUCAGUAUAAAUAAGCCAUCUCAAACUUAAUAUAUCCUAAUGGAAUUCUCUGUUUCCUCUUCCCACCUCAAACAUUUUUCCCAUUCCAUAUUCUCUCAGUCCUCAAAACCUGAGAGUCACCAAUGACUCCUUUCCUCACCUUCUACUUGCAAUCCAUCUUCAAGAUGUAUCUUGAAAACAUUCACAUAUUUGUCCAAAUCACCAUCCUCUCACCCUCCAUUACUACAAAGUCCUCUUGGCUCAAUUUGGCCCCUGAUUACCCCCUUUAAAUAUUCUGCAGAAUAGUCCUUUGAAAGGGUUGAUUAGAUUCUACAAUAUGACUACUUAAAACCAUUGCUUUUAGAAUGAAAUAAAAAAGACUUAACCACAUUUGGUCUGGUUCCUGGCCAACUCUCUCGUCUCAUCACACCACCAUACUCCUUGCUUCCCAUCCUCCACCCUGGCCUUCCUUCAGUUCCUGCCUCCAGUUUUUGUGAUCGACAUUCCUUCUGCCUGGGAUGCCGUUUCCCCAGCUCUUCUCAUUCAUGACUGGCUCAUUUUUAUACUUUAUGUUCUAGCUCAAAUGUCACAUAAUUAGUGAGACCUCUGACCAUGCCAUCUAACGUAUACUCCCAUUCCUGUCUAUCACAUCACCCUAUUUAUUUCCUUUAUACCAUGUAUCAUCAAUGGUAAUUAUCUUGUUUGCUAUAUCUCUCUUUCCUUUCAAAUAAGCUCCAUAAGGACAGAGAUUCUGCCUCUAUUGUUCACAACUAUAUUCCAGUGCUUAGAGCAGUAUCUGGAAAAGAUGUGCCCAGUCAAAAUCAGUCAAGGGAUCUGUCUGGUAUAUGGACAGGAGACCUCUUAGGGCAUCUUAGUACACCAUACCCUGUGAUUAAAGUCAAUGGGAAACUACAGCAACCCAAUCCAGGCAGGACUACUAAUGGCUUAGACCUUUCAUGAAUUAGAGUCUGGAUCAUCCCCACAGGUAAAGAGAUUAAGUAUGAAGAUUAAGUAUGAUUUAAGGAGAUGCAUAUGAGUGCCAAGGUGACAAGAGGUCGGUUGUAAUGGUUAAUUUAAUGUCUCAACUUUGUUGGGCCACAGUGCUCUGAUAUUUGGUCAGACAUUCUGGAUGUUUCCAUAAUGGUGUUUUUGGAUGGCAUUUACAUUCACAUCACUGGACUUAGUAAAGCAGAUUGCCCUCCAUAAUGUGGGUGAAUCCCAUCCAAUCAGUUGAAGGCCUGAAUAGAAGGAAAGGCUGACCUUGCCCAAGCAUGAGGAAAUUCUGAUGAGAGGCUGCUUUAAGGCUUCAUCUGUGACAUUGGCUCUUCCUGGUCCAUCAGCUGACUACCUUUGGGCUUGUGCUGCAACUCUUUCCUGAGCCUCCCGCCUAUCAGCCUCCCCUAUCAAGGUUUUAGACUCACCAAGCCUCCGCUGUCAUGUGACCCAAUUCCUUAAACUAAUUCUCGUCCUAUAUAUAUCUAUCUGUCCUAGGAUGUGUGUAUCUAUCUCUUUGUAUAUAUCUAUAUUCUAGAAAGAAAUUUAUAACGUCCUAG